CAAGGUUUCACCAACCCACUUUUCAUUAGUGAGAAUUUCAUCUCGAUCGCCAAUAAGUUGUGAAGGUUCAAUUUCAUAUUAUAAAAAGAGUUUCUGGCUGAUGUUUCAUUUUCAAAAGCAGACAUGAAAUUCCAAAUAACUUUGAGUAUUCUGAGCACUUUGGUGCUAACAGUAUGCAGUGUAGGGUACGGUCCCACCCCACAGCAUGCAGCUCCUCAACAAUACCAACAAGUCCAAUACCAGCGACAACCAGUACAAUACCAACCGGUCCAAUACGAGCGUCAACCAGUACAACAUCAGCAAUACCCUGCUCAUCAACAACAACCACAGCAGCAAUAUCUUGUUCAUCAACAACAGCCACAGCAGCAAUACCCUGUUCAUCAACAACACGCACCACAGCAAUACAGCCCCGUACCAGUCACUUACGUCCAAUCAGAACCUGCUGCUCACCAAAGUUCAUCGGAGGCAUACAAACACGGAGCACAUGGUCAACAAGCGGCCGGUCACACACAAUACAAUCAAGGUUACCAAGCAGACAAACUUAGCCAUGCUAACAAUGCUGCCUCAGCUAAUGGACAACACCACUUAGGAGCACACAACAGUCGCGGUACUCAUGGAACUCAGCAUAACCAGCAAGGUACUUAUAGUAACGUUGGAUCUUAUUCCCAGGAUACAGGUAGUGGGUUCGAGAAAUCUUACUCAUUCGAUAGAGCAAAUGGUUAUCAUGAUAUUGACGCAACCAAUUCCGGCCAAUCAAGCAGCCAAGCCACCCAAGCGAAGCAAAACCACCAUAAUAUUGGUUCUCAUGGCUCUCAAUCAGUAGAAAGUCAAGGAGCUCAUAGUAGUGCAGCAAAGUCUUCUCACGGAGUCCAAACUCACAGCAAAUCUCUUUUUGAUAAAUACGGAUACAGCCACGGAGGAAAGCAGCAAGGAUACAGCUACUCUCCACUUUAUGGAUAUGGAUACCAUUAGCAAAAUAUUGGCGUGUUUCAAAUGCCUAUUCUUCUAAAGAAUGGACCAUGAACACUAUUUUUCAAAAACAAUCUAUUUAUUGAAUUUUGUCCAGUUUCUGUCGAUUACUUGUAGUCAAUUUAUAUUUUAUGUGAAAUAAAUUUUUUUGCAAAGAUAAA